AUGAGUUAUAAAGUGAGUAAUUCGUACCCAGAUUCAAUUCCUCCCGCGGACCAACCAUACAUAGCAAGCCAAUAUAAACAAGACUUGCAGAGCAAUAUUGCAAUGGCGACGAAUAAUGAGCAGCAGCGACAACAACAACCUCAGCAACAGCAACAGUGGAUAAAUCAUCCUACAGUGGAAAAUUCAGAUUUGAAGGAAAAAAUGAACUGCAAGAAUACGCUCAAUGAGUACAUAUUUGACUUUCUCACGAAAUCAUCCUUGAAAAACACUGCAGCUGCGUUUGCUCAAGAUGCGCAGCUAGAUAGAGACAUUGGCCACGAACCAGUGGACGGACCCAACCCCAAGGAAAAUAAUGGUAAGCAGAGUACACUGUCAAAGGUAGUAGAUACACCCCAAGGCUUUUUGUAUGAAUGGUGGCAAAUAUUCUGGGACAUCUUUAAUACCAGUUCUUCUAGAGGCGGCUCAGAGUUCGCUCAGCAAUAUUAUCAACUCGUUCUUCAAGAACAAAGGCAGGAACAAAUAUAUAGAAGUUUGGCUGUUCAUGCGGCAAGGCUACAACACGAUGCAGAACGAAGAGGAGAAUACAUUAACGAGGACAUAGACCCCAUGCACCUAGCUGCCAUGAUGCUGGGAAAUCCUAUGCCUCCUGCAGUUCAAAUGCGGAAUGUUAAUAUGAACGCUAUACCAAUUCCGAUUGUUGGUAAUCCUAUCGUUAAUAACUUUUCCAUUCCGCCAUACAAUAAUGCAAACCCAACAGCUGGAGCAACAACAGUUGCUGCCACAGCCCCGCCUUCCGGCGAUUUUACGAAUGUAGCUCCAACCCAGAAUCGAAGUCAAAACGUUACUGGCUGGCCAGUCUAUAACUACCCAAUGCAACCCACUACCGAAAAUUCAAUGGUAAACCCGUGUAACAAUAAUACCACAAAUAAUAUAGCCAAUAAUAAGUCUCCGGUGAACCAACCUAAAAGUCUAAAAACCAUGCAUUCAACCGAUAGGCCAAAUAAUGUUCCGACAUCAAAAUCUACAAGAAGUAGAUCAGCAACUUCAAAAGCUAAGAGCAAAGCAAAAGCCGGUCCGGUGGCUAAGAGACGAAGAAAAAAUAAUACAGCAACAGUUUCCGCAGGAUCGACAAACGCCGGUUCGCCAAAUAUUACCACUCCAGGCUCCACAACAAGUGAGCCUGCUAUGGUAGGUUCAAGAGUGAACAAGACUCCAAGAUCAGAUAUUGCUACCAACUUUCGCAAUCAAGCAAUAAUAUUUGGCGAGGAAGACAUUUAUUCCAAUUCCAAAUCUAGCCCUUCGUUGGAUGCAGCAUCACCUUCCAUUUCAGUCACCAAACAGCCCACAAAGGUAAGGAAAAAUAUAAAAAAGGCAUCAACGUCAGCUUUUCCGGUGGAGUCGUCGAAUAAACUUAAUAGCAACAGCGGAGUGACAGGUAGGAAGCGCAGUCCCCCGAACACUAGAGUUUCGAGGAGGAAAUCCACCCCUUCUGUUAUUUUGACUGCAGAUGCCACCAAAGACGAAAACGAUAUGUUAAGGACAUUUUCGAAUACGACUACUCCGAUUGUGCAUUCAGCUCCACCCACCAAGACUACGAACCCUUUACCUUUUUCUGGCAUAAAUUUGGGAAGUUUUAACAAGCCAGCUGUAUCCAGUCCAUUAUCCUCGGUGACUGAGAGUUGCUUUGAUCCAGAAAGUGCCAAAGUUGCGACAAAGAGCGGGCCCAAGCGAGCAGUAAACUCUAAAGUGUCCGCAUCAUCCCCUUUAAGCAUAGCAACACCUCCUUCUGGUGACGCUCAGAAGCAAAGAAGUUCUAAAGCAGCAGGAAAUGUGGUUAUAAAGCCACCACAUGGGUUCUCAACCACCAAUUUGAAUAUUACUUUAAAGAGCUCUAAAAUAAUCCCAUCGCAGAAUACUACGGUACCACAAGAACUUCCAACUGGGGGAAACCCGCUGGAAGCACAAGUAGGUAACGAUUCAAGGAAUAAUAAAGGCAAUCGUGACGCAUUAUCUACUCCAGAGGAAAAAAAACUAAAUAAUACUAAUCAAGCAUACGACUUUGAAGCUCUCAAAAACUCAAGUUCUUUGUUGUUUCCCAAUCAAAGUUGCGUGCCUACCAACAGAACACCAAACGGAAAUUCGAACGUUGCUAAUGAAACCUAUGCAUCUACAAAUAAUGGCGAUAAUCAGAAAGCAUCAGUUCAACCUUCAUCCACUGUGGGUACAACUUUGGGUCCUCAGCAAACUGGUACUAAUGGACAUCAGAAUCAACAGUCUCAGAACAUGAAGUUUGGAAAUAUUGGUAUGGUCGAAGACCAAGGACCGGAUUACGAUCUCAAUUUACUGGAUACAAACGAAAAUGACUUCAAUUUUAUUAAUUGGGAGGGUUGA